AUGUAUUGUUCCAGGACAAUUGUGCUGGCCUUGCUCGCCGCCGCUGCCCUGGGUGCUGCGCUGGCGGCCGUGCAGCAGACGCCAGUGCUGCUGCAGGCCGAGAAUCCCAACACCAUCACCACCCUACAGGGCCAGAGCGCCGUCAUCAAGACAGCUGACCCCAAAGAUCUCCUGACUGAUGAGGAUAUCAAGGCCAACACCCCCCAUGAAAGCGUCGCCGGCGCCACCGCCCGCGCCGCCAAGGACGCAGGCGCCAAGGCCGCCGGCACCGUGACUGUCGCCGCACGCUCCGCCAAGGACGCCGCCUCCGACGCAGUCGGCGCCGCCGGCGACGCAGCGUCAGGCGCGGCGGAGUCAGCCAAGAACGCCGCGUCCCGGGCGUCACGCCACACCAAGGACACCGCUGCCGGCGCCGCAGGAGCGGCCGGUGACGCCGCCUCGGGCGCGGCGGAGUCAGCCAAGGACGCUGCGUCCCGGGCGUCGCGCCUCACCAAGGACACGGCCGCGAGCGCGGCAGGGGCCGCCGCUGGCGCCGCGGGGGCAGCCGGCGACGCAGCCUCGGACGCGGCCCGGCCGGCCAAGGACGCAGCGUGGCACGCUGCCCGUUCCACCAAGGACACCGCCGCAGGCGCCGCGGACGCCGCCGGCGACGCCGCGGCGCGUGCCAGCGACGCUACUAAGGGCGCCGCACGGUCGACCAAGGACGCUGCUGCCGACACAGCCCGGUCCACCAAGGACGCCGCCGCCGGCGCCGCCAGCACCGCCGGUGACGCCGCUGACCGCGCGACGCGCCCCGCGAGGGACGCGGCCGCGGGCGCUGCCGGUGCGGCCAGCGACGCUGGCGAGUACGCCGCAGAUUCGGCAAAGGAUGCCGCCGCACGCGCCUCGGGCACUGCCCAGGACGCCGCUGGCUCUAUGUAUGACACGGCCAGCGGCGCCGCCGAGCAGGCCAAGGCCAGCCUCGCGGCAGCUGCAGAGAAGCUGCGUCACAGCGCCCAGAAGAUGUGGCUGGGCGCGGAGGAGCAGGCAGAGGCAGGGAAGCAGUACGCAGGCAAGACGGUUGACAAGGCGUCGGCCCGCGCCGAGGACGUGCGUGCGGGCGCUGCGGACCAAGCGAGCCGCGCGGCGGACGCCGCCCGCGGCGCCGGCCAGCAGGCGGGCGAGCAGGCUGCCGGCACUUGGGACGAAACGAAGGAGCGUUUGGCGUCCAUGGUAGGCCUUGGUCAGCAGCGGGCCGGGGAAGCUGCCGCCAGCACCACCGGCACCGUCCGCGGCGCGGCGCAGCAGGCCAGCGAGCAGGCUGCGGGCGUUUGGGAUAAGAUAAGUUCGACGGUCGGCCUGGGCCAGCGCGACGCCGAGGCUGCGGCUGCCAAGGCUAAGGCCGCCGCCCAGCAGGGCGGCGAGCAUGCUGCCGGCACUUGGGACGAGACGAAGGAGCGCCUCGCAUCGAUGGUCGGCCUGGGCCAGCAGCAGACUGAGGGCGCGGCUGCCAAGGCCAAGAGUGCAGCCCAGCAGGGCAGCGACCAGGCGGCCGGCACGUGGGAUGAGACGAAGGAGCGCCUCGCAUCGAUGGUCGGCCUGGGCCAGCAGCAGGCUGAGGGCGCGGCUGCCAAGGCCAGGGGCGCGGCGCAGCAGGGCAGCGACCAGGCCGCCGGCACCUGGGAAGAGGCGAAGGAUCGUCUGGCAUCGAUGGUCGGCCUCAGCCAGCAGCAGGCUGAGGAUGCUGCCACGAGGACCAAGAGCGCUGCUCGCGGCGCGGCGCAGGACGGCAGUGAGCAGGCCGCUGGCGUGUGGGACAAGAUCACCUCAACUGUCGGCCUGGGGAACGCUAAGGCUCAGCAGGCCGCAGACGAAGGCAGUGCUGGCGCCGCCGGCCUGGGUGCGCGCGCGGCCGAGGCAGUUAAGCAUGCGCUCGGCCGCGGUGGCGAGAAUGCGCGCGGCGCGGGCGCGGCGGCUGGCCAGGGUGUGGGCAAGGCCGCCGAUGCAGGCAAGGAUCUGGCAGGGCAGCUGCAGGACGAGCUUAGCAGGCGGAGCGGCAAGAAGGCCAGCGCGGGGGAGCU